UUGUUUUUUUUCUUUUCUUUCUCUGGUUGAAGGAUAUGAAUAUUAAAUGUACUAUUCCUUGAUUUAAUGAGAUUAUUCAUGAACUUUAUUUAAUGCAUUCAUUACCAGUCGAACCAUCGAUCAUAAUAUCCUUGAUGAAUCAGUAUGAAGAGUCACAUACAAAGCAGCACAUGCUGUUAUGUAAUGUGUUUGGCUUCUACCCAUCUGAGAUUGAGGUGACAUGGUACCGGAAUGGCCAGGAGGAGACCGAGUUGGUUCAGUCUACAGAGCCCUAUCAUAAUGGUGAUUGGUCUUACCAGAUUCUAGUGAUGCUGGAGACAGAGAUUCAGAAAGGCGACACUUUUACCUGCGAGGUUCAUCACAGCAGCCUGAAGGCCCCGCACCGAGUAGACUGGCACCCUCAGUCAUCAGAUGCAGCUAAAAACAAGAUGGCCACCGGUAUAGUGGGAUUUGUGUUAGGAGUUGUAUUUUUCACUGUUGGCCUUGUCAUCUACAUGAGAGGAAGAAAAGGGCAAACAUCAUUCCCAGGACAACAGAAUGAACGCUUUUUGUCACAGUAAUCUGGAUCCUACCUGCUACAAUCCAGCUCAGCUUCCAGAUGUUUAGUUUCUAAUGCAAAAAGGAGGAGUUUCCUGAUGUCUAACUUUCACCAAUGUGUCGGGAUCUAUAAAUAUGCCGUGUAAUUAUGCUCUGUAAUAUGUGCGGAAUUAGUUUUGCUGAUGCCCUUAGUAUAUUGAUUAUCUGAUUUGGGAAUUGAAGAAGCUUUUUUUAUUAGCUCCAGAUGUUUGUUUUGUUGGUAGUUUAAAGAAAAUAGUAAAAGAAAACUUCAGAUCACUAGAUAAACUCCGCUGCACAUAUCUACCUUAAAAUAGCCAUUUUGCCAUUAUCUUAGUUCAUAAAUUAUCCCCUAGAAUUGAUGUUGUAUGUAAGGUGCAACACAAUGACUCAGAGCCAAAUUUCAAUUUAAAGGGGUUCUCCAAGCUUUAUAUAAAAUUGAAGCUUUCUUCUAGCUCGUGGAAUAAAUAUAGUUUAGUUAAUACUUACACAUCUGUCUCUCCGUCAAUGCCGCCGUCUCCUCUGCUCUCACACAGCCUGUGGGCUCUUCUCGCUCUGGGUCUCGUCCUGUUGUCUUCCUUUCUUUUCAUAAUAAUAAAUACAGCUGAACAGGAAGAGAAGUUCGCACAUCUGGUCGGGACCCCCGAGUGGAAGAGCCCGCAGCCUCUGUAAGUGCAGUGAAGAUGGUGGCAUCGUCAGCGUGACGGAUGGGUAAGUAUUAAUUAAACAGGUUAGGAGAAAGCAUCAGUUUAUAAAGCCUGGAGAACUCCUUUAAACUUAAGGGGGUUGUCUGGAGCAUUUUUUAAUUGAAAACUUCUGCUGGAGCUGGUUAAACCAACCUUCACCAGCCCCCUCUGAACCAGUGCCACCACUACUUUCUCUUCCCCGAGUUAAAGCCAGUGAUGUAUUGUGGGGCAGCUUAAGCGGUGACUUCCUGCAUACUACUGCAGCCAAUCACCAAACUCAGUUUUGGACAGCCCGAGACCACUGAGACCAGGGAUUGGCUGCAGUCAUGUCACUGCUGCAGCCCAGGGAAGAGGAAACGCAGUGUUGCUGGAUCGGAGGUGGCACAGGAAGGAAAGGUAAGGUUUUUUUUUAAUUCUUUUACUGGCCCCACAUCAUUUAAAACAAAGGUAACUUGGAAAACCCUUUAAUCUACAAAUGCAUAUAACAAAGAUUCAGAACAGUUUCACGUGUCCGUAAUAUUGGUCUCAGUACAUGAGGCCUAAUAGUGAAUCUAUAAUGUGGCCUAUUAUGUAUAGAUGAAGACAUGCUUACACCUUAUCCACACUUGGUAUUUUGCAUCAGUAUUCAGAAGCCAAAGCUAAUAAUUGCUGCAAAGACGUGCAGAUCUUACAAUUAUUGUAUACUUUUUUCAGCAUGGUUGGAGAUUUAUUAUAAUUGCAAGUCACAUGACUUUUUCCUCUACUCUAAAUAAACAAGCAGAGAUUGUGAUAAAUGUUUAAGAAUGGAAACAUGAAAUCUAUUAGAAAGUUGUUGAAUCUUA